CCCCUCCAGGUAACCUCUGAUUUUUCUUGUUUUUAUGUCUACAAGUAGGGCACGUAAGCUCUCCUUGUAAAUCAUAUUCACGACCGAAUCGUUAUUUUUUGGUCGCGUCAUGUUCUUGAUCCUUGUAAUAAUGUUGUUGAAGCUUUUAACACUACGGCCCAUACAGUUUUCUUUGGCGAUCAAUUCGACGAAAUGGAAAAUGUUUUCUCUAACAUUUGCAAAAAAAAAAUUAAUAAAAUAUUUUGCAACAUGCCAAAAAGCAAGAAACAGACGAAACGUGCCACUUCUUUGAGAGCCGUUUAUAACGUGAUGGCAAAGCAUAGGCUUUCGCUGAGGGCUUUCUUGAAAGCCUCGUUAGUGUCGCAAGACUCUAAUAUUAAGCGUAAGGUUAAUUUUUUCUAUGCAAAUGAUGGUCCUGCAGAAAUUAUCGACCUGUGGCAGCGAGGCAUUACGGACCCGGAGCAUAUGAAGAGUGCUCUUUCUGGUGCUAUUGAAUUUGUUCUCCAUUCUGCAAAGGAUGAGCUCAGGGAGGUUACAGCAGAUAACACGUUGCGACUUCCAUCUAAUGGUGUUUGUAAGGAGAGAACCGAUAAGUUUUCACUUCAAAAUAUUGCCAACAGAUUUCAAUCCAUUGCUCCUACCGUUUAUUCGCUCCUGAAUGGCCUUACCAGAGCGAAUAAAUCAAGUUCCAGGGAUGCUACAACAGUAGUUCCUGUCAUUGCAAGUAUCUUGGGCUUCUUAUACAGCAACAGAUGCAAUUAUCUUCAAAUGAUGACUGGAUUAUAUAUGUUUGGUAAAGGUGCGCCUGUCAAGCUUGUCAAUCUUUUCUCAAAGGCAGGACUUUCAGUUUCUCAUCCCACAAUCAUGAGGGGUCUAAAGGCAUUAAGUACGGACUCACGCGAUCGUAUCCAGGCUACAGUAAGAGAAGUGCCUUGGUAUAUCGUAUACGAUAAUAUAAAUAUGGCGUCUCACAAGCACCAUCAACGACUUGGAAACAGGGACAUAUUUGUAAGUGGAACUACAGCAACUGCAAUCGUCUCAAAUGUUGCAGCCGAGGAGGAGAUAAACUUCAAGCCCACACAAUCCCUUCGCCUACAGGACUUGAUGCCUACUGAUGACAAUGAAGCUCAUCUUCGAAAAGUUUUUCAAUACCACUUGGUCGGAGUUCUACUCCGAAAUUUUAAAAGAUUUGAUGGGCAAUCAAUGCCAGCACCUACAAAGCACUUACUGACGCUCGAAAAGACGAAAACUUUUCCGCUUCCAUCAAUGCGUAUUGACCAAGGAACGAUUCGCGGUAACUUGGAAGUCUUGGAAUUUAUAACGGAAGCUGCGCUGGAACUCCCGCAUGAAUGGUUUGAGGGACGAAGAAUACUCAUUGCUGGUGACCAGCUGACGGUCAGUAGGCUCCGUUCAUUGAAGGAAUUACGUGCAGACGAUAUCUCAUCAUACCACCGCCUUGACUGGGUCAUACCUGUCAUUCAGUUAUUCCAUCUUCAAAUGCUUCUGGCCUCAACAAUUUUGCGUACCCAUUAUGGCACUGCUUCAACACCUGGUUCAAUUGCGUUCAAUGUAUCGUUGCUUGAACGAAAGAGGGUUUCCCUAGAGAAGCCUGAUUUUCAUGCCACAAAUGAGCUUCUCCGCGAGUCAUUUGAUGCACUAGUACAACGGGCAUGGGAGCUUACUCUACUAAGUACAAACUUGGAAGAAUUUGCGGAAGGUGUCUCCGAUGAAGUACUUAAAAUUGAACUCAUGGCGAAAGUGGACACAUUAAUUGAUAGAUUUCUUCUGACUGGCUCCUUAGAAAUCCUCGAUGGGACCACAUCUAGGAAUUCCGCCUUGUUUCUCCGUGACAUGCUUUUUUACUUGGAGCUAUCGUCUGCGAUCAAAGCAGGUGAUCAUGGGCGCAUUGAAGAGAUUCUAAAAUGGAUCACAAUAAUGUUUCAAGCCGGAUCAACAAAAAACUAUGCAAAUGAACUUCUGCAUCUACAUUGCGGCUUUGCUUACUCCUGGUCCAAGCAAACAAAGGAUGCCGUUAGAUCUUCAUGGCUAGUCAAUACCACUGGCCAACCAAACCGUUGGAUACCAGCAGACCUUUACCAAGAGCACAACAAUUUAUUGAUCAAGAAUUUAUUUAAAGCGAAACGAACCUGUGACCACUGGGAAAUGGAGGAAGAGACACUUUCUGUCAAUGUUCAGACUCUCGGUGAUCUAUCGGACCAAAUGGAGAUUGAUUUUAAUAUUCCAUACACAGGCACUAAACAUGAAAAUAUGUCGAUGAGCGAUGACAUCUCAGCAAUCCACAAGUCAUUAGUAGAGUAUUAUAUCUUUGACAACAUACCUCAGGAGAAGAGGAAUCAUCCAAACUUUGGAAACGCCACAUCAGUGGCUAAUCUCCUCAUAGAAGGCAUAAUAAAAAUGAAUGAAGGCAAGCGCAUCCAAUCAUUCGUCAAUUCAGUCUGUGUCCGGAAGCAGGGUGGGGAUUUGAGCGUUGACAAUGAUAUGAAUGUAGAUAAUGAGACGGAGAUUGAAGACGAGGAGGAAGAUAUGCAGGACGAUAUUGUUGGUUUUGAUAUUACUGAUUACGUCCAUGCGACCUGUGAACAAUAAACCAAAGAGAUUCUGUUUGCUUAAU